ACAGUUGUAAACUUGAAAGCCGCAGUUUUGCUCAAGGAAGCCGCCGCACAGCAACCGUGUCUCUCUCUCUCUCUCCGAAAUGAGCGACGGCUUCAACUUCUCCGGCUUCUACGCUACCUGGUUAGACCACCUCCACCGCCUAAUUCACCAGCUCUCCGCCGCCGCCGCCAAAUCUGGAUCAAUUACCCAACAAACAGUUACUGAUCACGAUCACGAUCACGAUAAUAAUCAUAAUGAUUCCCGCCACCUUGUCCACACCGUCAUGUCCCACUACUCCGACUACUACCGCGUCAAGUCGGUCGCGGCCGAGCGCGAUCCUCUCUCGGUCUUCUCCGCUCCUUGGGCCACCUCUCUCGAACGCUCCCUCCACUGGAUCGCCGGCUGGCGUCCCACCACUGCUUUCCACCUCAUCUACUCCGAGUCCUCCAUCCUCUUCGAGUCCCGCAUCGUCGACAUCCUCCACGGCCUCCGCACCGGCGACCUCGGCGAUCUCUCCCCAUCUCAAUUCCGCCGUGUCAGCGACCUCCAAUGCCAAACGGUGAAUGAGGAGAAUACGAUAACGGAGGAGCUGUCGGAGUGGCAAGACGACGUGAGCGAACUGGUCGGAACGCAAACGGAGCUGGCCGGAAGGGUGGAAGGACUGGUUAGGAUAAUAAAGAAGGCCGACGAUCUACGGCUGAGGACCGUCCAGAAGGUGGUGGAGCUACUCACGCCCAAGCAGGCGGUGGAGUUCUUGGUCGCUGCCGCCGAGCUCCAGUUCGGCGUUCGGGGAUGGGGAUUGAAUCAGGACCGUCAACGUGGCAACGAAUGACGACAACUAAACCGAAUAAACAGAUUGUCGCCAAACAGUUAAGUUGUUGUGGCCAGCUACUAGCUAUGCUUACGAGUUCUAAAAGAAAUGUCAUUAUCUUUGAUUGCUAUACUUUUAAAAUGUCAUUUUAUAUUUUUGAUCUUUGAUCGUUCAUUUUAGAUCUCUUUUGACGGGAAUGCAACAUUUCAUGAAAUGGGUUCCUCUCUUGAUAUAAUGAUGCUUUGUAUUAGAGUUUAAUUAACAAAUGAAUUAAAUUCUUGUUUUA